AGACAGCCCCGCAAGGAGCACAAAGCAAUGGCUUUUAUAGCUCUCUAAGAAAUAUCAUUCAUUUUAACCUAGUUAGUAGUUUUUAUAAAUGCUUGUGUGUGUUUUAUGGGUGGACACUUGGGCUUUCAUGGUCUGCCCUCUCACCACCCGUGACUAUCCUCAGACCAGCUAGGAUUAUGUCAGUGGGCCACCAUAGACCACACAGGCUACACUUCCUUAUUUCAGCCCAAAGAGGUCUUUUAGGAAGCAAGCCUGGGUAUUUACUGGGAUGUUGCAGUUGUAAUUAUUUAGUGCUGUGCUAAAUUCAAGGGGACAGUAAAGCUUAAAGCUCUCAGUGAUGCUUUCCGUCGCCUCAGGAGCCAUCUGACCACAGGUGGAAUGCUUGUUUCCCCACUUGGAGGCAGGGGCAUAGGUGGACAACAGUGCUUCCCUCUGCAAUCUCAAGACUUCUGAAGGAACCCCGGAGAAGGACCAUUUGUGAAUCGUCGAGUGAGUGUGUGAGGUGAAGUCCACACUAGUUUGUUCUGCUGUCAGACUUGAGUGCAGUUGAUCGUCUUUAGGAGUUACAGUUUCCCCCAGAGGCUCACAUCCUGGGGAUUCGUGAAGUGCUGCUGCUGAGAGGAGGGAAAGCUUCAGUGGCUGAUGGAGCUGUGACCUUUUGAGCAGGGUACAUUUGGAGCACAGAGCCGGGCAUAUAAUAUACAAGACAGCACAGGGGCAACUGGAUAUAAUGGUUUGAAUGAAAAUGGCUUCCUAGGAAGUUGCACAAUAGGAGGUGUGGCCUUGCUGAAGGAAGUGUUGUCACAAGAGGUGGGCUUUGAGGUUUCCAGUGCUCAGACCGGAAGAAAGACUGAUGAAGAAAAGUAACAGCAUGAUUGAGGUAAUGGAGACCUACUGGAACACGCGGAGAAGCUAGUAUCUUGCAGGAAGCCAAGAUGAGGAGAGUCUUUUUAAAAUAAUCCAAGGAAGAAUUCUGUUCAGAAAUGAGGCGAACGAAUGUUUGGACACCGUUGCAUGAAGUGUUUUAAAACUGCCCUGACCAUCUUGCCAAAUGAGUCUCUGCUCAUGAGGCCCAACAAGAUGAACCAGCCAAGGAGGGAUAGUGUCCUGCCCUGUACGAACAGUGACUGCUGACGUCUGAGAGCAAGCUGGGGGUACUGAAUGUUGUCUGCCAGGACCAUGAAGGAAGUGGUUUACUGGUCACCCAAGAAGGUGGCAGACUGGCUGCUGGAGAAUGCUAUGCCAGAAUACUGUGAGCCUCUGGAGCACUUCACAGGCCAGGACUUAAUCAACCUAACCCAAGAGGAUUUCAAAAAACCCCCACUGUACCGAGUCUCCUCUGACAAUGGGCAGCGACUCUUAGACAUGAUAGAGACCCUGAAGAUGGAGCACCAUAUGGAAGCACACAAGAAUGGCCACGCCAACGGACACCUCAGCAUUGGCGUUGACAUUCCCAACCCCGAUGGCAGCUUCAGCAUCAAGACUAAACCCAACGGAAUGCCAAAUGGGUUUAGGAAAGAGAUGAUCAAGAUCCCCAUGCCAGAACCGGAGCGCUCCCAGUAUCCCAUGGAGUGGGGCAAGACUUUCCUGGCCUUUCUUUAUGCACUUUCCUGUUUUGUUCUCACUACAGUGAUGAUCUCGGUCGUCCAUGAACGAGUACCUCCUAAGGAGGUGCAGCCUCCACUACCGGACACGUUUUUUGACCAUUUUAACCGGGUGCAGUGGGCGUUUUCUAUUUGCGAAAUUAACGGCAUGAUCCUUGUAGGACUCUGGCUAUUUCAGUGGCUGCUCUUAAAAUACAAGUCUAUUAUUAGCAGAAGAUUUUUCUGCAUAGUUGGCACGCUGUACCUGUAUCGGUGUAUUACAAUGUAUGUAACUACACUCCCAGUACCUGGCAUGCAUUUCAACUGUUCUCCGAAGCUCUUUGGAGACUGGGAAGCUCAAGUGCGGAGAAUAAUGAAGCUCAUUGCUGGAGGUGGCUUAUCCAUCACAGGCUCGCACAACAUGUGUGGCGACUAUCUGUACAGUGGCCACACGGUCAUGCUAACGCUCACCUACCUAUUUAUCAAAGAGUAUUCUCCUCGGCGGCUCUGGUGGUACCACUGGAUUUGCUGGCUCCUCAGCGUCGUUGGAAUCUUCUGUAUUCUCUUAGCGCAUGACCACUACACUGUGGACGUGGUGGUGGCCUACUACAUCACCACAAGACUCUUCUGGUGGUAUCACACGAUGGCCAAUCAGCAAGUGCUUAAGGAAGCCUCCCAGAUGAACCUCCUGGCCAGGGUGUGGUGGUACAGGCCAUUUCAGUACUUUGAAAAGAAUGUCCAAGGAAUUGUACCUCGAUCUUACCAUUGGCCCUUCCCCUGGCCGGUAGUCCACCUUAGUAGGCAAGUUAAAUAUAGCCGGCUGGUAAACGACACAUAACAGCUCUGCCGACUAGGGAAUGAAGAACAGUCCGAAGUGCUAAGAACUCCAUGACAGAAGAUGCCAUAAAGUAACCACCUCCCCCUGCUAUCUCUCAAGUUACCUUGACUUAACCUAUUGCGUUACCUGCUCAGCACUGUGAUCUUUUUUUUUCUCUCCAAAGGACCCGCGUUGGACAACAAUAAAGAAAAGUUCCCACAUCAUGCACUGUAGACAUUUCCUGUUGUUAAGCUUGGGGCUUCUAUAACAGGCAGCCACCGUGUCCCUCUGUGUCAUUCAGCCGCACCACCGUGUGCUUCUGUAUCCUAAGCUCCGGCCUUUCCAGCCAUAUCUGGAAAUAAAGUGUGUUAUUUUCUUGGGAAAACAUACUUUUCAUAUCUCUUGCCCCAAAGACAGGGCUGUAAGCCAUUUUCUAGUAAAUGUCUCUAUGAAGGGUCCUAAGUGUCUGCAUGGGAGUUGAUUUAGAAUCUCUCUGCCUAUUGCACUGAUGCUCGGCUGAAGACGAUAGGUCCAGAGAGGUUUGCUCGCCUGGGGUUUUAUACAGUCAGCAGAGACGGUGUAUCAAAAAGUGCAAAAAAAAAAAUCUGUUAUAAAGUGAUUUUUCUAAGUAUUUCCUAACUUUAUUUUUCAAAAUGAUGUUAUGAAAACCAAAUUUAAAGAUUUUUACAUGUCACAGAAAAGAGAGUUAACAUUUAAAAGUGCUUCUUGGGAGAGAAAUUUGUCUAUGUUUCUAGUGCCUUUCUUGUCUUGAUUGUAUGGUCGGUUGGUAGGCAAUCUUAAAUGUUUUUAUUUAUUCCAUGAAAAUAUAAAUGUAUGUAUACACUACUAAAUUUUACAUUUAUAGCUAAAUUAAAUCAGAAGACUGCUAGUGGUUUUAAAAUUGUUUUGAACUGAAGAAUAGAGGGUGUGAAUUAGAGUACGCACCCAUUCACAUAUUGUGAGCAGGCCGCACUGCCAGGUGCCGCUGAGAUUAUGCCAUCUGUUUGGUAGUUUGGUUUUAACUACUCAAUAAAAACAGCCAUGAAUAUCUUUUUUUAAAGAGAGUUUCGAAAAUGAUCACUUACCUAAAACUUGAAAGCUAUAAACUAGUUAUCCAUACUCUCAUGACAGUUUUGUUGGUGAACAACAACAAAAAGAUCUAUUUCUUUAAAAUAUAUUUGUGCAGAAACUGCAUGUAAUUCUGAGUUUUCCUCCUGACAUACAUAUGUUUGGGGAAGUAUUCUACUCUAUACUUGCCAACGUGGAGAACAAAAUAGUUUUCUAAGAGCGAAGAAGUAUAUAUAUAUAAAUAUAAAUAUAAUAUCCAUUCUGUAUUUUAUGUGCAGCAGGAUUACCUUCUGUAGGUUUUUUUGUGUGUGUGCACAUGCACAAGUGUGUGUGCGUGUUCAUGUAUGAGUGAGUGUGUGUGUGUGUGUGUGUGUGUGUGUGUGUGUACUCACAAGGUGAUAUUUGUAUUGUAAAACAAUAAUGGUGAAGGAAAUAAAAAGGCUUUUAAAUUUUUGUUUGUUUUAAAUCUUUGUAAAGUUAUUAUUCCAGAGAGUAUACUGAUAUCUUACAACUUACCUAAAUCAUAAAUUAAUCAAAAUGCACUUUUUAAUAAAAACUUAUACUGAAAGUA